AUGGACAGUUCUGUGGCACGGCGUCCAGUAGGGGAGAUUAGAAAUCGGCACAAAAACGGUCCAGUUAGGAUUGAACAAGAGCCACGUGUUUCUCGUGCAGAAGCGGAGGAGAACUCAAUGGAGUUUGAGCAAGCAAGCUCCGUGAAGGCUGAUAUAUGGAAAGAUGUUGUAUCGUUAGAUCAGUCAUCACGCGAGAAACCCAUCUCAUUGAAGAACCUAUUCCCUGAUAACAAGGUUGUUGACAGAACGCUGAAGCGAAAGAUCGCGAAUCGGAAGAAAAAGGAAAGCGCAAAACGACGUCGCGUGAAUAGAGAAGAGCGCCUAAGAGAAUUGAAUGAAGAAAAGGAGGAAAAGGAGAAAGUUCCCCAUAGAGAGUCAGCGAACAGACUGAUUAUUGGUCGAAUAGUACGCGGUGACUUCUCCUUUUACGCAGCCUGUGGUCGAGCUCUGUCCUACGUUCCUCUAUGCACACUUGAAGAUGCCCUAUUGCAUGUGAGGCUCAAUGAUACGGUGGUUGUCGACGAUGGGUUACACCGAGCCCGUCGCCGGAGACUCCAUGCCAAUCAGCGAGUCACCUUCGUAACAGAGAGCUGGAGCGUUGCGUACGCGUCCGAUCCCUCUGAAUGGGAACGGAAAUUCGGUGAGUGUUGGAAUGUGGCGGAGAAGAUACUCGAAAAGAAAGCGAGUCAUCCAGAGCAUGAUAUUACCUAUAACGAGUUAGCUCUGGUCCGAAUAUACGAGCUGAUCGUCUCGGAGAGCCAUACUCAGAAUCAUUGCCUUCUCGUUCAUAAACCGAUCCUAAAUCCGCUGCUACGGCUGUUUGAUUGGUGUGAACGUGCAGAAGGACUCCGGCCCAACAAAUUAGGACAUCCGUCGGCUACGGAGAAACAUUUUGUUGUGCUUUUGAAUCAGAACGAUGUUGGCCAGUUGGCUCGUGAUGCUCUUCUCCUCAUCCUCUCCGUAUCAGCGAAUCAUGAGCAAAUAGCGGAAUUUGUUGCUUAUAAAAGUGCCUUUUGUCCUGUGGUUGCUACUGGUCUUUCUGGAUGUUUCUCUCAAUUAAGUCGUAUUAUUGCUGGUGAUGGAGUGGAGAGGUUUCUUCCUGAACAUACGGCUGAAUCACUCGCUAAUUUUCAUUCCUCAUUACUUUUCUGUAAUGCAGUUGUUCAGGCUGCACAUCCUGCUGUUGUUGAGCAGAUAUGCAGUUUCUUCUAUUCGGGAUUUCUGAUCUCCGUUGUGAAGCCAGCACUUCUGCAGGAUGAGCAGGAAAGUGUCGCGGCGGCUACGGUAUAUCUCCAGUUGUGUAUAGAAACAGUCACGGAACCAUCUCUCCUGCGCACGGUCAUCAGAAUGCUUCUGUUGGAGAGAGACGAUGAGCGCCGGUUACUUAUCGAAGUGAUAGUAGGCCGAAUUGCAAAUGGAGAUAAGCCAGGAGGUGAGGUUCCAACUGGAGCAGUCGUCUCCGGAGUUUCUAUUGAGAUUCUGUCUUUCAUGCGAGUUCGAGAGCACGCAGAGCAGUAG